CCAGGCAUGUCGGACUCCGAAGAGGUUGUUGAAGAAUAUGAGCAGGAGCAGGAAGAGGAGUACGUAGAAGAAGAAGAGGAAGAAUGGAUAGAGGAAGAAGACGGUCAGGAAGAACAGGUAGAGGAGGUGGAGGAGGAGACCGAAGAAACCAGGGCAGAAGAACAAGAAGAUGAAACGAAAGCACCAGGAGAAGGUGGAGAGGGGGACCGGGAGCAGGAGCCUGGGGAAGGUGAAUCGAAGCCAAAGCCCAAGGUCUUCAUGCCAAACCUGGUGCCUCCCAAAAUCCCAGAUGGCGAGAGACUGGAUUUUGAUGACAUCCACCGCAAGCGUAUGGAGAAGGACCUAAAUGAACUGCAGGCUCUCAUCGAAGCCCACUUUGAGAGCAGGAAGAAGGAGGAAGAGGAGCUCAUCUCCCUCAAGGACAGGAUUGAACAGCGGCGAGCAGAGAGAGCAGAGCAGCAGCGGAUUCGCAGCGAGAGGGAGAAGGAGCGACAAGCCCGCAUGGCCGAAGAAAGAGCUCGCAAAGAGGAAGAGGAGGCACGGAAGAAGGCUGAGGAGGAAGCGCGGAAGAAGAAAGCUUUCUCCAACAUGCUGCAUUUUGGAGGCUACAUGCAGAAGUCAGAGAAAAAGGGUGGGAAGAAGCAAACAGAGCGGGAAAAGAAGAAGAAGAUCCUCAGCGAACGGCGGAAGCCCCUGAACAUUGACCACCUCAACGAAGACAAGCUGAGGGACAAGGCCAAGGAGCUAUGGCAAACCAUCCGCGAUCUGGAAGCUGAGAAAUUUGACCUGCAGGAAAAGUUCAAGCGGCAGAAAUACGAGAUCAACGUCCUCCGAAACCGUGUUAGUGACCAUCAGAAAGUGUAA